AUGUUGAACGAAGUGUUUCCUACUGAACAAUUGAAUACUGGUGAAGAUUUGGAUGAAUAUAAUUCCUCCAAGAGUACAGGGAAUGGGGGAGGUCAGAAUUUAGGUAAUCAAAAUGGAGUCUUUGAAGGUGGAGAAUGGGGACAGACAGAUUUUGAUUUAAUUAGUUCCAGCAUAGAGUCCUUUGAGGUGCGAGAUAUACCUCAGCCAGGACUAUUUACAUCUGAAUUUCAAAUUGAUCAACGACUACAGCAGUUUGCUGAUUUUGGGAGCUUUGAUGAUUUGUAUCUUGAUGUUGUCUCUCCGCCAUUUCAAUCAUUUGACGAUGAAUUCUGGAAGCUAAAUAAUGUCAAAUUGCAAGAUUCAGAGCUUAUUGAACCUGAGAUGAAAAGACAGUACGUGUUUCCUUCAAGGUCGCUUGAGAUUCUGAAGAAAUAUGGAAACAGGCAGAGAAGAUUGAAUGGUAAAAAGGUAAAUGUGUCGAGCUAUGAGAUGCAACGCAGUAAUUGUAGCGUUUCAAAGCUUUCAACUGAGAUAAUCAUUAAACUGGCUGCAGAAAAAUUCAUCCUGUCAAAUUCUCGAAAUAGCAGUGACAUUUCAAUGCUUAGCCACCCAUAUGCAGGUUCAAUUUUAUGCCCCUCUACAGAAGAUUCUAAAGAAAUUCAGCUUGUCCAGAAUCUUCUGUCAUCUGCAGAAAAAGUAGGCGAGAAGCAGUAUGAACGUGCGAUCAAGCUCAUGCGUGAGUGUGACAGAACGAGUUCCAGUGAAGGAACUCCUGUUCAGAGAUUAGUCUUUUAUUUCAGCGAAGCUCUUUAUGAGAAGAUUGACAGAGAAACUGGAAGAAUUACUCCCAAGGGUUUAGGGAAGAAGUCUGAAGAUCCUCUAGAGGCAUUGAAGUGUCAAGAUUCAGUCCUGAUUGCAUUUUGCUAUGAGUUACCCCUUGCUCGUGUCACCAGCUUCGCUGCAAUUCAAGCUUUAGUAGAACAUUUAGCUGAGGCAAGAAAGGUACAUAUCAUUGACCUCGAGAUCAGGAAUGGAAUGCACUGCAUAACUUUGAUGGAAGCUCUUUCAACUAGAUGUGAAAAUCCCAUUGAGCAUCUUAAAAUCACGGCUGUGGGAAUCAAAUCAAAGGAAAAAUUAGAAGAGACGGGCAGGCGUCUGACAACCUUUGCUCAGUCCCUGAACUUUCACUUUUCUUUUGACAUUGUCGUGGAAGAAGAUAUUUUAGAUCUUAAUAUAGACCUCUUCGAGUUUGAUAAUGAUAAAGCUGUGGCUGUCUAUGCAGCGUACGCUUUGACAAGUAUGAUUGGAUGUCCAGAUAGGCUGAAACAUAUAAUGGAAGUGAUCAGAACUAUCAAUCCUUGUGUAAUGAUUGUUACAGAGAUUGAGGCAAAUUGUAAUUCUCCGAUUUUUGUGGACAGAUUUGUGGAAGCCCUCUUUUAUUAUGGUCCAUUUUUUGAUUCCUUAGCAGAUUGUAUGAAGAACGAUGAGAAAAGCAGAAGGGAUGCUGAAUCAACAUGCGUCAGUUCUGCCAUAAGAAACAUUGUAGGGACUCAGGGAAAAGAAAGAAAGUUUCGACCCGUGACUAUCAAUGUAUGGAGGGCCUUUUUCGAAAGGUUUCAGUUGGUGGAUAUAGAACUGAGCAUGUCGUCUAUGUAUCAAGCAAAUCUGGUGCUUCAGAACUUCACCAGUGGGAACUCUACCACGUUUGAUAUGAAUGGGAAAUUCUUAACUAUUGGUUGGAAGGGGACGCCGCUCACUUCACUUUCUGCAUGGAAGUUUCAGUGA